UCAUUAAGAUCAAUUAAAUUUGCACUAAUUGUUUAAUUUAAUAUGCUACAACGUCUCAGCUCGAUGACAGGCAAGAAGCAACGCUGCGCGCAUGUGUAGAGCGAGAGUGAGCAACGCUGGUUUGCAUAGCUCUCCGUGGACAGCUGCGAGCGCUCCGUUUGAAGGGGGGGACUUGCAAAUUUUUAUUUAUUACUCAUCCAGCGAGUAUGAUGCAGUCAUCGAGAGGUUUAUAAAAACCAGGUCCAGUUGCAGGUCCAAGUUCGAGCUCGUUGCAUAUGCGCAUAAUUUGUUUAACAGAUGUGCAAUUUGUUGUGGGCGACACAAAAGAUAAAGUGAAUGCGAAUUCAAUACACCAACUGUGCGUCUGUGGGUGCGUGUGCGUGCUUGCGUGUAUGUGUUUAUGUAAAGCCAAGUGAACCCCCCGCCCCCUGUACAUAGAUUACUAGCACCACAACGCACAACGCCAGCUGCUGAGCGAAGUUAAAUCGGGAGUGCAACCACGCUCGAUGCCCGGCUUCCAUCUCAAUGAAAUGGGCGAAAUGGUCUUGGACGCCAUCGAUGACAUUGGCGUGGUCGAUGUCUACGAUCUGGCAUCGGAUAUUGGCAAGGAGUAUGAGCGGAUCAUGGAUCGCUAUGGCACCGAUGCAGUAAGCGGUCUAAUGCCCAAGAUAAUCAAUACGCUGGAGCUGCUGGAGGCAUUGGCAACGAAAAAUGAGCGCGAGAACUCUACCAUACAGGAGUUACGCGAGAAGAUCGCCCAGCUGGAAAGCGAAAAGCUGGAGAAGGCAGAGUUUCGGCGACGCUUUGAAAAGGAAUUGGAGCUAAUUGAGGAGCAGUGGCGGAGCGAGACCAAUGAGCUCGUUGAUUUGGUUUCCUCGCUGCAGGACGAGAACAAGCGGCUGGUAAAGCAAACCCAAGACCUGCAAUCGUCAUCUGCACAAAGCUCCGGCUUGGGCGCCAGCCUUACCGAGAGCAUCAUCAGUAUGACCAACAAUGAGCUGCAUAGCGCGCUCUCCGAUACGCAGGUGCUUCAGCGGCUCAAGGAGCAGAUCUAUAAGCAGCGUGACGAGCUGAAGCAGCGUGAACGCGAACUCCAGGACAAGUACAGUGAGCUUGAGCAUGUCAACAUUCAGGCGGAGCGCCUAAAGGCCUCGGAAAGGGACACGCGACGUCGCCAUAAGCUAAUGCAGGCGCAGGUGAAGACACUGUGCGAGGAGCGUGCCGAUUUUCUAGCCCAGCUGCAGGACCAGUGUCGUGAGAUCAAUCAGCUGCGCAAGCGUUUGGGCCUCGCUGAAAAGGAGAAUGAGGAUCUGGUGCAGUCAUACGAUGAUGAUCAAAAUGAUCCAAAUAGGCCACGAUAUACGACGCGAGAGCUCAAGGAGCUAAUCAGCGAGCGCGACGAGCUGCUCACUACCAUUGACAACCUCAACCAGCAGCUGGCAGAGUUGAAGCCAGCGACCAGUGCCAAACGUACGCGUCAAAUAUCCAGCUCUGAUGAUAGCGACGACGAUGACGACAACGAGGCUGAUGACGGUGUUGAGGCUGAUGUCGACGAUGACAAUGUGGCUGGCGAAACGCCACCUGGACACGAUGCGCCCGUGCAGGGACCGCUGCCCUAUGAGCCAGACGAUGCGCCCUGGAAGAAAAGCUCCGAGUCGGGCAUACGCAAGUUCUUUCGUAAACUUUUCUCGGAUCCAGCGGAUGGCAGCAAUACAUUCCCGAAACGUUCCUUGGCCACACUCUCGAAGAUGGCGCUCUCGGCCACGCCCGGCAGUGGCAGCCAGCCGAAUCCCUGUCUGUCCCUUGCUAUGUUUUAUAUGCUCGCUAAGUAUUUACCAUUUUCUUAUUUUAUGUACAUAAUUUACAUAUUCGAUUGCUGUGCUCUCAUAAUCUUAAGUUGUUAUUUCUUUUUUACGUGAUUGCUUAAUAUGUAAUUUUAUUUUUAUUUUUUUGACGUUCUACUGACUUUAAUAUGCCAACAUUUGCGCAAAAUGCUUUCGUUAACUUACACAUAUAUAUAAAGUAUGUCUUUUUACUACCCAAUUAUAUGUAUACUAACUAAUCUAAUCUAUGACCAAAAUGCAAGGAACUAUUCUAUGCUUGACUAGCAGGCACAACGGGCAACGGAUUCUUUUCGAGACCGAACCGCAUACACACACAAUAUAUAUAUAGAUAUAAAUAUAUAUGCAUAUACAUUUUACAUUACUCUAUACAUAAUACAUAUUUACAUAGCUACUUAUCUAACCAUUUAGACAUACAUACAUACCCUAUACAUAUGCAAUGUUCCAAAGAACAAAAUGUAUGCGCAAGUUUUUCAAAGUUUGCAGGCCACUGAGUGAGUUUUGAAAGAAUUUAACCAAUUAGAGAAACCCUAAUGAAAUACAAUAUGAAUGAAUACCUAGUUAUUGUAGCGAGUUUUUAAACAGUAAACUAAAACGUAUUUAAACAUUUGCAUAACACGUAUUCCAAAGUUGUGUAUUUUUCGAGCCUACUCUACUUACUGCUCGGAUACAGUUUUAACAGUAGCAAAAUUAAUUAAUUAGAAAACAAUCCUUGUAAAAGCAUUAACAAUUGUUGCCUCUGUUGCAAAUCUUAGCCGAGGACUAGAAUUCAUGUUAACAAAUUAUUCUAAACGAGUAUUGCAAUAAUAAUAUGGCAAAUAUAUAGAAAUUUUAUAUAUUUACUGCAAUUAGCAAUAUAGGCAAGCUGUAAUCUAUGUAUAACUCUCUCUCCCUCUCUCACUCUCACUCUUUCUCACAUAAUGUAUCUGUAUCUCGCUCUAACCCUGUAGCCAUCUCUUUAUAGCGAAUUGAGCCUUUUUGUAGCAGUUGCCCCAAGCGGCCUUAUAUUAGAAGAACAUUUGAACACGAUCAGAUUCUAAAAUAAAUGCAUAUUAUUAUUAAUUAGCCAGCGUUGAAUUGUAGCUGAUUGUUUGUUGACAAAUUAAUUAUAAUUACAGAUAAAACCAACAAAAAUUAACAAAAUUGAAGCAAAAUCAAAAUCAUAUAAACGUUUUUUAGCCGCAAAUUUUAACCAAAAAAAAAAAAACAAAGAAAACAAAACAAAAUCCACAAAAUAUGACUAGAGAUGUUUGUUAGAAAUUAAUUGAAAACCAUGUACCAAUUUAUAUAGCUUAACAGUUUUCGUGUGUGCACCACAAAAUGUUGCAUUGGCCACAGUUGAAUUAUAGAUAAAACAUACCAUAUGAUUAUAUUCGAACAGGUUGCAUAUUGUUUCCCGCUUCUUCUGGCUGUCCAUCUCUAUAAGCUUCUCGCUUCGCUCCUAACUUCGCUAAACAUGCGCUUGUUUCGUAUUAUGUACAGACAUACAUCUCAUCGUAUCAGGUCCAAGCAUAAAGUACAUAUCAGUUUUUUAUUUAAAUUGAAUUUGGUUUUGGUUUUGGUUUUGAACGAAUAUUGCAAGCAACGAGAAAUGUGCCAAAGACUUAAACGGAAUUCAGCGGUUGCCAUUGAUCCCAGAUCCAAACAUUCUAAACAUAAUCCAAACCAUGUUAAUUCCUACAUUUACAAUUACAAACUAAUUAUUUUUUACUUGGCAACUGAACUUUUACACACAACAAAAAUUAUGAAUAAUAGAAGAAGCAACGGCAAACUGCAGCUGAACAAAAAACAAGAAACAAAACAAAAUGAAAGACAUGCGAGUAUUUGUCUGAAGUAUUAAAGCUAUUAAUUUAUACUUUAUUAAAUUAAUUCGUUGUGUCACAGAAAUCUCAAGAACUUUAAAUUACGUGCAUAAAUCUGACUGAAUCGAUUUCGAACUUUUUUAUUUUCAGUAUUUUUUUCUUUUUAAAACAUUUCAGCAAUUUGAAGAUUCUUGAUUUCUGUGACACAGCGCAAAAUAUGAAAAUGAAUUAUACAAGUACAUAUAUUCAAUAAAUUAAUGUUAACU